AUGGUAAAUGAAAGUACUCGAGAAACAUUUGAUAGUGAUUUAUGCAGAAAAUAUGAACGGCAUAGUCUUUUCAUUGAAUCAAAUGAUGAAUGGAAAUUUAUUAAAAAGCUUAUUACAAAAGCUUCGUUUGAGUUUAUUGCUGAAAUGAAAGUUAACAAUACCGUAGGUUUAAAAGUAUUAUUGGAUGGCGUAGAACGUUUUGGAAAAAUAAAUCCAAAAUUGAUAUAUGAUAAAUAUUUGAAAGAUUAUCAAAUUCAUCGUGAUAACAAUGCACCAUGCAAACGUUAUGCUAUAGUUGCUCAUUGGCUUGAAUUAAGUGAAAUCACGCGAAGACUGAAAGCUAUGAAAUUUGUUGACAGAAAACUGCCAAACGGAACAGUGAGCAUAUCAGUACAAUCAAUUUCAUGUACAGAAUUGAAAAAUCAUAUAUGGCAUGUCAUAUGCAAACGACAUUGUUUCCCAUAUUUGGAAGAAACAACUAUAACAACCAGAGAUUUCACUGUUUAUGGAAGAGGUUAUUUGGCAGAAAAUUUCUGGAUAUCCUCUGCUUCCAUCUCGUACACAGCAAGUUGUUGUCUACGACAAAAAAUGCUUCUGCCACUCUUAAUGUAUUAUUACUAUAGUUAA